CGCCCCCUCCCCGACGACGUGUCACCGUUUGGACAUCCAGCCAAUAGAACAGCAUGUUUUCCUGUACGUCACCAGGUCAAAGUGUACAGCAAUGGACGCGUCCCAAGUGUAAACAGUCCGGGCUGCAGGUUGCCAGCUGAGCGAAAUGAGGCUGUUAUCGAAGGCAGUGCAGUCUGCUGUGGGUCAGAGGGAGUGGGGCCGCAGGCACUUCUGGGGCUGGCUCAAUGCAGUUUUCAACAAGGUGGACUACGAGAGGAUUAAAGCCGUUGGUCCCGACCGAGCUGCAGCAGAGUGGCUGCUGAGAUGUGGUGCCAAAGUGAGGUUUCAAGGUUUCGAUCGCUGGCAUCAUGACUACAACGCGCUGCCAACUGGGCCUCUGGAUAGAUACAAGAUCCAGGCGAUUGACGCUACUGAAUCCUGCAUCAUGUACAGAGGGUUUGACCACCUGGAUGGUUUGAAAAAUGUGGAGGAAAUCAAGUUCAACAAGUGCAUCUACAUCGAGGAUGCCUGUCUGGAGAGGUUGAGCUCAAUAGAGAAUCUGCAGGAGAGUUUGGGUAUGAUGGAGGUGGUGUCAUGUGGAAAUGUGACCGAUAAGAGCAUCAUCGCCCUGCACAAACUCAAGAAUCUGAAGUAUCUGUUUCUCAGUGAUCUUCCUGGGAUCAAAGACAAACAGACAACAGUUGACAGACUGCAGACAGCACUUCCACAUCUGGACAUAUCUCUGGACCUGGACUGACUGGGAAACAAGUUCCUGUCAAAGAUUGUAAAAUAUGGAUGACUUCUUGAAGGUUCUUAAAGUAAAAAUACCCAAAGUUUAUGGAGGUCAGACUGGAGCGUGAGGGGCUUUGAUUGUGCAACAUGUAGAUCCUUCAGUUAAAACGUGUAUUUACAUGUGAACCAUAGAGUCUCUUUUAAAUGAGAGAGCGUGAAGAACAGGAUAUAUUUCAGUUGAUGUGUCACUUUUCAGCUUUAAAGACACAGUUCACAGAAA